CACAAGAACCUGGCAUUUGAACGGGGGGUGCGUAGACUUUUUCUACGCAUUCUAUUGAAACUACUCAACGGAACCAACGAUGGAUGCGGUUUGGUUUGAUGUGUGCGUAAUGACGCACGGCGACACUGGCGCUCGGGAUUCCUCUCUUAGCGCGACGGGGUGCCGCUCGAUGGGAGAAGUGCGUGUUGCGUGUUGCGUGUUGCGUGGAGGGAAGGCGAGAGAGAGAGAGAGAGAGAGAGAGAGCGAGGGGGCGUGGCUUGAAUGAAAAUGUCAGCCUUCGCCCUCCUCUGCGCUCGCGUCCCUCCCCGACUUGAAAAGUGCCGUCACAGAGGAAAGUCGCGCCACACUCGAAGAAAAUCAACCGCGGACGAUGCACGGCUUUGCAAAGAUGGUCAAUUUAGCAGCUCCCACUCGUGGACUAUUCUCGGACCUCAACCCGUCGACUUGUGCGCUGCCCGUCGACUUGGAGUAGCUCCUCGUGUCAGAAGAAUGCAUGAGGAGGGAAUCAAGACGGUCUACAUCAUCAUCGAAGUGGUCAUCGCUCUCUUCUCCAUAACCGGCAACGUUCUGGUGUGCUGGGCCGUGGCCAUCAACACCACCCUGAAGAACGCCACCAACUAUUUUCUGGUGUCUUUGGCCGUGGCCGACAUUCUGGUGGGCUGCCUGGCCAUCCCCUUCGCCGUCACCAUCAGCGUCGGCAUCCGACUGGACUUCUACGGCUGCCUGUUCCUGGCCUGCUUCGUCCUGGUUCUGACCCAGAGCUCCAUCUUCAGUCUGCUCGCCAUCGCCAUCGACAGAUACCUGGCGGUCAAAAUCCCUCUCAGGUACAAAGAGCUGAUGACAGGAAAGACGGCCAGAGAGAUUAUCGCUAUUUUAUGGAUUCUGUCCUUCGUCAUCGGGCUGGUCCCUUUCUUCGGUUGGAAUAUCAAGCACUCGAGUUGCAGGAAUGCCACCUCCACAGCGGACAACGCCACGGACAGCCAACUGGACUCGGGUCCGAAGGCCGGACACUUACUACUUCCGAGCUGCAAGCUCAGGUGCUUCUUUGAGAGCGUGGUGGACAUGGAGUACAUGGUCUACUUUAACUUCUUUGUGUGCGUGCUGCUGCCGCUCCUCAUCAUGCUGGGCAUCUACAUGAAGAUCUUCACGGUGGCCAGGAUGCAGCUGAGGCAGAUCGAGCUCAAGUGCGUGUCCAACGGGGACAACCACCAUCACGGCCUGCUGCAGCGGGAGAUCCGCGCCGCCAAGUCGCUGUCCAUCAUCGUGGGGCUCUUCGCCAUCUGCUGGCUGCCCGUCCACAUCCUCAAUUGCCUCACGCUCUUCUACAAGGGGCUGCACAGGCCCGAGGAGGUCAUGUACGUGGCCAUCGUUCUGUCCCACGCCAACUCGGCCGUCAACCCCAUCAUCUACGCCUACCGCAUCCAGGACUUCAGAAACACCUUCCGCAAGAUCUUGGAACGGCACGUGCUGUGCCGCAAAGAGGAGCUCUACGUCAGCUCCAACGGCAGCAGGCGCACCAGAGACCAGAUCCGCAUGACUGUAGACCCCCUGCUAUAGAAGACUUGCCACUCUUUCCACUGAACGAUGUUUACACAAGCAGGUUAUGAUGUCAAACGCGCCUCGAGGGGUCAAACUUAACGUUUACACCGUGAAGGAUUUGUCGCCGUUAUUGUUGCUGAUUAAUGUUAACGCUAACUGGAUUGUAGGACUGUGAACAGGACCCAAACUUUGAGACAUUCUAAAACGCUAUUUAUCGUUCUGAAUAAGCCCUGAUAGAACUGCAAAAGCCCUCCUUUUUUUGUUUGUAUACUGCCAAGAGUCAGUGCAAGUGUUUAUUUAUUACAGCAAGCAACGUAUCUUUGUGACUGUGAACAUCAAACGUCUUGGUGUGGCGUCUGGAGCCGUACUACUCUGUACUACCCGUGGACCUCAAUAGGUACAACACAAGUACUUUUGUGGUCAUUUUUUAAUCAGCUCGUUCCACCUUCACUAAAGUGUUUCCGUUUGUUGAACUAAACCCCUAAAAGCUGAGCAUGACGGUGUCGCUGUUCUGUCUUGAGCUGCUUUUGUUUGGCCACGUGCAUCACUCUUCUACGAGCUCGACUCAUUCAGAAGGGAAAUAUGCAUAUAUCCUGUACCGUGACUUGUGGAAUGAUUGCACUAUUGCUCCCGGGAAACACCGUUUCCGAUUCACCAUGUGGUGCACAAACUAGGGUUUCAAAGUGGCACGACAUUUCCAGGAAUUUCCCAUCGGGAAGGUAGAAAUAUUCCGAAAUUAUGCUUUGACACAUGCUUUGAUGCUGAUUUCUUAUACAGUCGAAGAAAUAUACAAUCGAGUCCAUUUGAGGGCCCAAUUUUGAGUCAAAGUGAUUUUGUAUCUGUUAAACUGGUAUAGACUGGCUGGAACAGGCAAAAUGAAUGUACGAUAUAGUAAGAUAUUUGCUACUUUAUACGAAAAGUCUUCCUAUUUCUGACUAUUGUGAGAGAAGACAUUUUUUUUCCCCCCCGAGCACGGUGGCCUUCCGCCUGACAGUCCUUAGGGUUAGGUUGCAAAUGAUGUCGACUUUGCAUGUUCUCCAGGCACUCCGUCGCUCUCCCACGUUCAAAAACAUGCAUGUUAGGUUCAUCGAAUAGUGUCUUUUAGCGCGCUAUACGGCAAUUCCUGUAUUGUAUCUUCAAUGGGGACAUUUUCCAAUAUAAAUAGCAAUUGUUUUUAA